UGUUGCGUAUAAUUAACAUGUCUACUUUAUCAUACAGAAGCUGCUAGUGGCCGUGGUGGUGGUGUUGGUGGCCGGUGGUCACGCUGACGUCCACUCCUCAGGUGGAGCCCAUCAUGGGUCAGUCUCAUCCAGACCUCAUAUAGGUCAUGGUAGCCGUGGUGUUGCUCAUGGUAGCCAUGGUGUUGCUCACGGUAGCCGUGGUGUUGCUCACGGUAGCCAUGGUGUUGCUCAUGGUAGCCAUGGUGUUGCUCACGGUAGCCGUGGUGUUGCUCAUGGUAGCCAUGGUGUUGCUCACGGCCACUCCACGGGACUUCAUGGGUCCUACACCCCUCCAAGGCCAGUUUAUGGUGGUCACCAUACAAGCUAUACGCCUCAUACACCAACAUAUGGUGGUCACCAUGCAAGCUACACUCCCCCUAGACCAACUUAUGGUGGUCACCACACAAGCUAUGCGCCUCAUACACCAACAUAUGGUGGUCACCAUGCAAGCUACACUCCCCCUAGACCAACUUAUGGUGGUCACCACACAAGCUAUGCGCCUCAUACACCAACAUAUGGUGGUCACCAUGCAAGCUACACUCCCCCUAGACCAACUUAUGGUGGUCACCAUACAAGCUACACUCCCCCUAGACCAACUUAUGGUGGUCGCCAUACAAGCUAUACGCCUUAUCAACCAACCUAUGGUGUGUCUCAUGGUGUCCAUGGUGGGUCAUCUGUGGGCAGGCACGUCGCUCCCCACCGUUCAGCAGGAGGCCACGGUUAUGGCCAUUAACAUUCCUGAAACAUGCAACCCAAAGUGAGGAUGGCACAAGUACUUCAAGAACCUGCAAAUGUGGUUCUUGAACCGUAAACUGGUUUUAUUUAUUUAUUUAAAUUUCUAAACAUUUGUAACUAAAUAUCCAAUAAAACUAUGAAAUAUGAAUA